CGGAUGAACACAGUGAUUGCACGUUUGUUGGUGGAGAAAACUUUGUUGCAGAGAGAGUUGGAGGAGAAGGAUCGUAAAAAAAAAAUAUGAAGUUUCCCAGCCAACAAGGUUGAGGAACCUGCUGAACCUACAGAAGAAGCAUGUACCCAGACUACACAGUUGGGCAAAUGAUCUCAUCAGAAAAUGAUGACUAUCAUGGUGGAGUUCCUACGGACAGCGAGCUCAAGACCCCAGAAAAAAACGUUUUCUCCCAUGGGGAACAUGUUCCAGAUUAUGAAACUGGCUGCUCUUCUGGAAACACCAGCAAAGAGCCAUCUGAUGAAGAAGGCUCUGGAGAUAUUAACUCACAGGUGACAUUGAUGGGUUCCAUACCAGGGGUUGAUGAGACAUCUAGAAAUAAGGACACAGCUAGCAAGAAGUUGGAAGAUGUGCCUCAUACUGUGACUUGCACAGUCACUAUCUCAUUUGCAAUCCCAGCGCUACCUAAAAAAGAAGACCUUGAACUUGGUGCUACCCACAAAGGGAAAAAAGGACAAAAGCAUCAGAAGAAGGUGAUUGAGGCUCCAAAAGCACAAAAAUAUUUCCACUUUGAAUACUCCCUGCUUCCGGAGUUCAUAGAACCCACUAAAGUUGACGUGGUGAUGUUUGGGGUUGUGGCAAAGCUGUAUAUGGAGCAUGAGUCUCAGUUAAUAAAGCCGUGGCAAGAAGGUGACAAAAUAUGGUUGGCAUGGAGCCACAGCAUUGAUCUCCAGGUGACAAAAGAAGCUUUAAUGAAAGCUUUAUCACAUCAGAUACAAGUGAACAUAUGGGAUACAAAGGACAAAGUAUCAGCAAAAGCCAGAUUUGAUCGACCUAAGGCAUUCCGUGUGUCACAUGUGAAGUAUGGGGAGGAGUCUGAAGUGAAACAAUCAGUCACGAAUCAAAGGAAACUUUUUGAAGACAGCCUUCCAAAGCCGAGUUUUAUUCUUGAGAAAAAUGGCAGCGUGGUGUUUCAGGAGAAUCUCUGUGCUCAAGAGCCAAAGUGUGUAAUGAUUGAAAAACCACAGCGUGUCAGAUUCCCGAUGUCCUCUUCCUCCGGCAUUGUCUUGGAAAACCCGGUGAAAAGGUCCGAAUUAUCUAAUAUUGGCUUAUCGGCCAAAACACUAUCAAAGAAGCUACCAGCAGGAUCCAAUAAGAGGAGCAAGUCAGCAGGCAGCCAGACAGAUGUGAAAGCUGAUUUACAGAAACUCCACUUGAACACACAAUCCUUAAAAGAUCUUAAAACUGAUGUGUCCUCAUCAAAGGUCAUGAAGCCGCAAUUGACAGAAAUGCCUGAAAAAAAAACAAGUAUUCGAUCAGUCCAAAUGGAUCGAAAGUGUUUGACUUUUGGUAUUAGCUUCAUGCCACUUCUUGCAGGAGAUCUAGCUGUUACAGGUCGGAUACAGGAAAGCUCCGAUAAAAUAUUAGAUUGCUAUAUGACUUUGGGCAUAAAUUCCCCUUUGCUGUCACAACAAAAAAGACAGGAGCUCAAUCCAUUGAUUAUUCGCAUUCUUUCAGCCACAUCACUCCCUGUGACGCCAACUCCAAUCAGUGUGUUACAGGAGAAGUGUGUACCUGUCUACUGCAGAUACAGAUUCCGGGAUCAGUCUUAUCACCAGACACAUGAACAAACGCACGGAACACAUGUUUUCUUUAGGGAUGUUUUUGUUAUUUUUGCAGGAACCAUAAGUGUGGGUGAACUGCGUGAAUCUCUUCUUGGACCUUCUGUAGAGAUUGAGGUACAUGAUCGAGAUCAGAGGAUAGAGGAGUGUGCCAACAAGCCAUCACUUUUUGGCAUGGAACCUGAAGAUGAGAAGCUGAGUAAUGUUGGUCUUGUGACUUCUAAACGUACUGUCCACAAUCCAUUCACAAAGAGUAACAGACAAUGGGAUCCCUAUGGAGUUGCAAGGCUAAGUUUAUUUGAUCUUGUGUAUGGUGCCACAUACUUAAACAUUUCUGUUCCAAUACACAGCUGUGAAUGCCCAGAUCCCACAGGCUAUCAAUCAGACAGCAAUAAUGGAAAAAUUUUAGGGGUUAUAGGGUCAGUUGAUGGCCCUCAAGAUUCUUCGUUGCCAGUGGGGCAUUAUUUGGAUGCCCAGUCACACCUGAAAGUUAGAGUAGACCUUGCAGUGCCACUGUCUUUUGACGAGGGGAGUCCCGAUUGUCCCUUUGGGCGUAUGGUCUGCAUCUUUGAAUACAGGAACAAACAGCUGUUCAGGGAUUUCAUCAUUAAGAUUGCAAAUAUCAACUCAAAGGCCUUAGGCUUCGAUUUUAACCCUUGGAAUGUCACUGUGGAAGCUCUGUCCAGAGUUUCCUUGACUGAAUAUCAGAAAAGAGAUGUUACCCUGGAUGUUAUUACUGGUAUACAUAUCAUGGAUGGAUCCAUCCACCUCAUUAUUUUGGAAGGACUGAAGGACAAAGGUAUUAAAGAAUUGUGGGAAACCCUAUCAAGCAGGCCAAACGGAGAGAAUGAAAAGUUGGAGACCUUGUACAACUCUGAAAUGGCUUUCAGUGAGCGAUUAUACAAAGAUCUUGGAGUCUUGUUGUGCCACAUCCAUCUGCUUGAGAAUCUCACAUCCUUAGUGAAUCAACCCCUUCUUUAUGUCAGGGACAUGGUUCCUCCAUUGUGUUUUCAUGCCUUGUCAAGGUUGGACUAUAUCCGCAGUGCCAAAAAACUACGAGACGUCAUCCACUCCAACUUGCUGCCCUCCGCAGAUAUGAUCCACCUUCUGAGUCGUGAAUUCGGAAUUCCAUUCAAUUUUGGGGACUUGCUUGCAGAUACUGAACCUUCUCCUAGUAAAAAGCUGGUGAUUUCUGAAUGGGAAGAUAAAUGGUACAGUAAACACUUAUUGCGCAGCUCAUUAGAUAAUAAUAAUGAAGCAUACAUUCUGUGGAAGUGGGAAAUGGAGAGGCAAGAAAUCAAAGAUCACAUCAAGGGAAACAUCGAGCAUGUUUAUCAAUUAAGCAGAAAAGUGAGACGACCCAAAGUUGAGUAUGUGGAGAUUGUCCCUAUGGAUGGGAUGGCUGUUCAGAACUACAGCUCUCAUACAUUCAAUUCCACGGAACUGGCAUACAGAAUACUACGGCAGAAAAUGGCAGAGGAGCCAAACCACAGAUUUACAUACUCUGCAGAUAUCCAGUCAGCUACUGUCAGCCCAGGGGACAUUCAGGAGGAACUUAAGAACAAUAGUGCAAAGUCCAGGGAGGAAUGGAUGACACCAAAUGGAUUCAUAUAUCCAGGAUUCAAAAGUAGCAUUGAUUGCAACAGACACCCCAAAAGGCCACAUGAUUCCCGAAUAUUAGAAUUAACAAAGGCCUGGAAAGAAAAUAUCCUGCAUGCAAAUACUCUACAGCCCACCCUUUCCCGAGAGCGCUGGACCUGGACUAAGCGAAACAUUGAUUUCAACCUGUACAGGAAGCCCCCAGAGAGAUGCUCUGUGUUGGACUCGGGCCCCAUCCAUCUCACAGAUGAUCAUUUUAAGGAAGAACAAAAGGCUGCUCAAAGUCCUACAGAAUAUAAGCAGAAAAUGAAGUUCUAUCGAUGUCUACCACAGACUGAGUUAACUUCGCAGGGACCUCAGGCCAGUAACCAGAUGACUAAACUCCAAGGAUUGUUAAAAGACAAAGAACCUAAAGUAGCUCUGCGGAAGCCUGGACUAGCACUGAAGCCAAUCCCAGCCUUAGCUGUGAUGCCGAAUUCAGAAGAACAUAUCAGCAGGGGAUUUAUUCCUGGGGAGCUCAAAGAUCAUAGCUUGAAGUGGAAAGACAACAUAAUCCCACGCCACCACAUGGAGCAUGAAACACUUCAGCAACUGAGAGGAAAAGACUUUGACUUACUAUCUACCAGUCAUUCAUUUCUUCAUAAGAGAAGAAUCGAGGAAAUAACCCAAGAGGAGAAGAACGCGUAUGUUGUUAGAAAGUCAGAUCCACAAGACAACAGAGGAAUUCCUGCAACAAAGAUGGCAGAAGACUCUCAAAAUAUCAUUCAAAUCCAGAGCCAUGAAGGCUUUCUUCUUCAUAUACAAUAACCUCAGUCAUUGCAUUCACGCCUUCUGGGAUAUCGGGGUACUCUGUGUAGUAAAAGCAUCAGUGUUCCUUAUAAAAUCAGUCAGCUGUGGUUUUAUACAUGUAUUUUAUUCUUAGAGUGCCAAAACUUUUUUCAGUCCUACACACGUCACAAGCAGGACUAAAAAAAAUAAAAACGUAAGAAAAGAA